GGCUCAUAACAAAUAUGAGAUUCUCGGAGGUGGUUAAUAUACACAAGCGGCAGCUGCUGCUGCUCUUCUCUCGCUCAUUCAGUCCUCCGUGCCCAAACUUGUUUCAUAUGUCCAAACUCUUUCUUCUCCCUCCCAUCAAAAAGCCCCGCCAAAACCCCUUCAAAUUUUUCCUCAGCUCCCGCCUCCGCCGCGUCGCCGACUCGAUCGCCCAAAUCCUUCGCACCCGCGAGACCAAUCCCCACUGGGAGCGAGCCCUCGACGAUGCCUUCUCCCUCGAGGAAGAAGAAGAGGAAGCGAUUGCUCCCGUCCUCGCGCGCCUCCCCGACCCCGACUCCGCCCUCGCCUUCUUCGACUGGGCCCGCCGACGCCGCCCGCCGUGGGCCGACCCGCCGGACUCCCUAUCCUAUUCGACGCUCCUCCGGAUCCUGGCCAAAGCCCGCCGGUUUCCGGAGAUUGAGCUCGUGCUUCAGACCAUGAGGAGCGAGGAACGAACCCCGACUCGGGAGGCCUUGGGCGCUCUCGUCGCCGCAUAUUCUGAUUCUGGACUUGAAGAGGAGGCUUUGGAUGUCUACAGAACUAUGAGAGAUCAGCUUGGUUCUUUUCCUGAUGUGUCUGACUGCAAUUGUUUGCUCAAGUUGCUUGUAGAGCGGCGCCAUUGUGAUCUGGCCCGUCAGGUGUAUGAUGAAAUGCUUAAGCGAGAUGGUGGGGCGGAUAACUACAGCACGGGUAUAAUGGUCAGGGGUUUGUGUAUUGAAGGGAGGAUGGACGAGGCCAAGAACUUGAUUGAACAUAGAUGGGGAGCCGGGUGUACCCCGAAUGUCGUCUUCUAUAACACUCUUCUUGAUGGGUAUUGCAGGAAUGGUGACAUGAAGAGGGGCUUAGAGCUUUUUAGGGAGAUGAAAUUGAAGGGAUUCCUGCCGACAUUGGUAUCUUAUGGUAUUGUUAUUAAUGGGUUCUGCAAGAAGGGGAACUUUGUCGAGAUAAAUAAAUUUUUUUCGGAGAUGAAAGCACGGGGAUUGUGGCCGAAUGUGCAAAUUUACAAUAAUGUGAUUGAUGCUUGGUGUAAGCAUGGCUCAGUUGUUAAGGCAAAAGCAGUUCUGAGGCAGAUGAUUGGAAGUGGGUGUGAACCGGAUAUUGUAACAUAUAAUAUUUUAAUUUCUGGGCUUUGUCAGGGUGGAAAUGUUGGAGAGGCUGAGCUUCUUCUGAGGGAGGCCAUUAAGAGGAGGUUGGAUCUGAAUAAAUUUAGUUAUACUCCUAUCAUUCAUGGGUAUUGCCAAAAUGGGGAGGUUGCUAUGGCAUCGAAUUUGUUCAUUGAGAUGAUGGAGAAAGGACAUAAGCCUGACCUGGUAAUUUAUGCAGCUCUAAUUCAUGGACUUGUUCUCAUGCAGGAGAUAAAUGAUGCAUUGGCAAUUCGAGAGAAGAUGAUAGAGAAGGGAGUAACUCUAGAUGCUGGAAUUCACAAUAUUCUAAUAAGUGGACUUUGCAAGAAAGGGAUGCUUGCCUCUGCCAAAAAGCUGCUUGCUGAGAUGCUCGAUCAAAAUAUCCUCCCAGAUGAGUUUGUUUAUGCUACAUUGAUUGAUGGGUUCAUCAGAAAUGAGGAUUUGAGCGAGGCAAAGAAGGUGUUUGAGUUCAUGGGACAGAAGGGCAUUAGACAUGGGGUUGUUGGCUACAAUGCUAUGAUCAAAGGGUAUUGUAAAUUUGGAAUGAUGAAUGAUGCAAUUUUAUGCAUCAAUAGCAUGAGGAGGGAUGGAUAUUGCCCAGAUGAAUUCACAUAUACCACAGUUAUAGAUGGCUAUGCGAAACAAAGUGAUUUGGAUGGGGCUUUAAGUGUAUUUGGUGACAUGAUGAAGCGGAGAUGCAAACCAAAUGUAGUCACAUAUUCUGCUUUAAUCAAUGGGUAUUGUCGAAAAGGGGAUAUUGAUACUGCAGAAAUUCUCUUUAAUAAUAUGCAGUCUCAUGGUCUUAUUCCUAAUGUUGUCACGUAUAGUAUUCUGAUUGGCAGCUUUUGUAAAAAUAAACAAAUCACCAGAGCUGUUGCAUUCUUUGAAGAAAUGUUAUCUAAUAAAUGCCCUCCUAAUGAUGUUACAUUCCAUUAUUUAAUUAAUGGUCUUAUUAAUAGUACUCCAUAUCUUGAUUCCACUUGUGCUACUGAUCUUCAAGGCAACAGCAAGAUUGCAUUCUUAGACAUCUUUGUGAAUAUGAUAUCUGAUGGAUGGGAUCGCAGGAGUGCAGCAUAUAAUGCUAUAAUUUUCUGUCUUUGCAAACAUCAAAUGGUCACAAAGGCAUUGGAGUUGAGAGGCAAGAUGGUUGCCAAAGGCUGUUUGCCCAAUUCCAUCACAUUUCUUUUCCUUCUCCAUGGAAUUUGUGCAGAAGGAAAGUCAGCAGAGUGGAAGAGCAUUCUUUCUUGCCAUUUUCAGCAGAAUGAACUUGAGAUAGCUUUUAAAUACACAAGAUUGUUAGAUCAACACUUACAUAAUGGAACAACUUCUAAGGCCUCUUGGAUUUUGCAAUCAUUGCUUGAAGAGAGCAUACAUUUACUGGGAAUGGAACACGGAGCUGCUAGUCGUUGACACCAAGCUAUCAACACUUCUAUUGAGAUAACAAGUGUCAUUGUUCUGAUGCAGAGUAAAGAACACUGCUAUGAAAAAAGUUGCUUUUGCAGUAUAAAAUCUUUUGGAAAAAAAAACCGAAAUAAGAGGGGCGGCAAGGAUUAGUUCAUUUUUUGUUGCUUCUAAGCCUAAAAAUAGAGCUAUGGUGGUAUGGCAUGUUACCAGGAUUGUACCUCCUUGCCUUAUUUCUCAUCAUCAUGGAAAAUAUGAAGGCAAUAUGAAGCAAUACAUCAUGGACUAUGUAGUUUGUGGCAAUUCUACAAUAUGAGGUGAACAUAGUUAGCGAGCAAAUUGAGAAGUCAAUAUCUGCAAAUCCUAUUAAAUGAAGCUGGUUUGAACAGCAUUAUUAUGUGGACUAUGGAAAAAGGACAGAAUAGUUCCAAACUAUGUGAUGGGAGUGGGCACCAUGAAUUGUGGUGGAAGGAUUUUGAGAAGAAGGGUAACCUUUUACACAGGUUUUUCUGUUUUUGUUUAAGAAUCAACUUUAUUAAAUGUUCCACCACAAUAUAAUCAUUGUGCUUCAAUGGACAUUUUACAGCCCAAUAUUUUGAGCCCCAAGAUGCUACUGAAUAUGUGAAACAUUGGUAACACAAGCAAAUAUAUAUGUUGGUUGAUAUGGCAUUGUAUAAAUGAUAUGUCAAGCCCUUGGCAAUUGGCAAGUCGAUAUUAGGAAGGGGGAGUUCUUUGUGAUGAUUCCUCUCUUUUACUAAUAUGGAAAUUUUCAGGCAUUGAACCAAUGUAUUUCAAAUCUGCAGGACCGAAAUAUUCUUUUUUUUGGUUUAAUUACUAUAGCUUGGGACUUCAGUAGAUGCUUGAGAAAUGUUAAUCUUUCUUAGAGCUGAUUAUUUUCCUCGUUGUUUCCUGUGGAAUCAAAUAAAGGCUGACAAGGAAUCAGGCAAUAAGGAAUUGGAUUUGCAGCUUACUGAUGCUUAUUUUCUGAUGAUUAUGUGGAGGAUGAAGUUGAAGAAGCUGAUCUUGAAACAUAUGGCAGUGGUGAUGAGGAUGAUGGUGAUGCUUCUGCAGAAGGGUUCUGAGUUCCGAAAGGAAUGUUUGUAGGGUACACCCGAGUUGGUGCUGCCUCAUAACUUGUUAGCAAACUAGCACAUGAUGCAUAUUGCUUGCUCAUGUGAGCAACUGAGUGAAUAAAAUAAAAUCCCAACUGUUAAAUAGCUCGUCUUGCUAACUCAUGGGGCAAACCAUAAGCAUGGUACUUGGAUCCACAAUGUUGAAGAUGCCAAACUAGAGAAGAGGGACGUCUCUCUAGUAGAAUUUUCAAUAUCCAAUCUUUAGCUUUGUUGAUUCUGUUGCAAAGCAUGCCGUAUUUGUGGCUUCUAGCGAUUGUUGUCUACUUUUAUCUUAUUUUCCUAUAGCAAAUGUCUGUAAUGUCACCUACAGAAUCGUUGUCUCCUGUCUAGCUUCCGGAUUGAUAUUUUUAUUUAUUUUUGGAUAUGAUAAAUUCAAGAUCAUUUUAAUUC